GGCUGUCGCGUCCUGGUACUGCUGGUACUCGGCAACCAGGUCGUUCAUGUUGCUCUCGGCCUCGGUGAACUCCAUCUCGUCCAUGCCCUCGCCAGUGUACCAGUGCAAGAAAGCCUUCCUCCUGAACAUGGCAGUGAACUGCUCGCUGACCCUGCGGAACAUCUCCUGGAUAGAGGUGGAGUUCCCCACAAAGGUGCCUGCCAUCUUCAGCCCCCUGGGAGGCAUGUCACACACGCUGGACUUGACGUUGUUGGGGAUCCACUCAACAAAGUACGAGGAGUUCUUGUUCUGGACAUUGAGCAUCUGCUCAUCCACUUCCUUGGUGCUCAUCUUCCCGCGGAAACAGGCAGAAGCGGUGAGGUAGCGCCCAUGGCGGGGGUCAGCAGCACACAUCAUGUUCUUGGCAUCCCACAUUUGCUGAGUCAGCUCAGGAACUGUGAGAGCACGAUACAUCUGUGAUCCGCGUGACGUCAGCGGUGCAAAGCCAACCAUGAAGAAGUGGAGGCGGGGGAAUGGAAUGAGAUUGACAGCGAGCUUGCGAAGAUCAGAGUUGAG